CACAACAUUGUAAGCUGACUAUACUUCAAUAAAAAGAAGGCCAAAAAAAAAAAAAAAGAUAACAGAAGAAAAAACAGGUCCAUGGUUUCACACACAAAGACACAACAUGGGGAUUCCUCAACUCAGUGUCUUCUAAUUUUUAAAAGUUUAUGAAUAAAAUCUUCCAGGAAGUAGAGGGAACACUUUGCCAUCGUGAUGGAUGUAGAGAGCUGGGGGUGAUGGUUGGAUGAGCCUCAACCUGGGACCCAUGUGGUCCUGUUUAGCAUGUCUUGACAAAAGGAGCAUUUUAAGAGAAGGAGACCAGCUAGAAGUUUUCUAGGUGGAAAAGUGUGCAGAGGGGGCACUGUGGAGUGGGGAAGAUAGAUAAAGGGAAACUCUCAGCCUCUCAGGCUACAUGAGGCCAAAUCCAUAUUAAAAUGAGUAGACAAUGAUAAAGACUGCUGAGAAAUGGAAGAUUUUUCUAUCAGCUGAAAAGGAAACAAAACAAAACAAAACAGAAAACUAGAGUGACAGGGAAGGUAAAUGAAUAGAAGGGAAGGGGCCAGAUCUCAUUGGAAGGAGGUCUCAGGAGAAGAGGGAAGACGCUGGCUGCCCUAUGUAAACUUAACUUACAAUAUCCUUAAGGGAGGGCACCCCAGUAGAUGGCGGGCUACUGUGGGGGCUUCCGCUUGCCUUGGGAGGGUUACCUUUUCCCCUGACACGGUAAAGGAGCGGGGUUCUUCAUUCCCCUUUCCCUAGCGUUGCUGCUGGACCUUCCGGAGAAAUUGGUGCAGAGUUCCAGAAAAUCAGUGCCCCCGGAGUACUGUGCUGAGCGCGUGGAGCUGGUCAUUGCAGAAGCGUGCACGUCGUGGCAGGGAAGUCACAGCGGCCGUAAUCCAGAUUUGGCUAAUAGAGACGUCGGGUAUCCAUUUCUUUUCCCUCCCUAUCCCCCAAUUCCUCUCCUGACGCCGAGCGUCGAGACUAUUGGUCGCUGCUCCUUUAAGGGCCGCCACUCCUCCCCCACUCCCCAGCGGUGGCACCCAAGAGUGGGGGUGGGGGGUGGUGAGGCUGAGCGUUCUCUCCUGGUCAACUGGGGAAGAUGGCCCAGGCCGGGGGAAUCGCUCCCACGCCCCGCUGCCCCCACCCCUGAGCCGGUUAAGCUGGGUGAUCCCUUCCCUCUCUCCCGCCCCACGCGCGACGCGGGAAUGGCUCCGUGGCCUCAUGGGAAUAGCUCUCUGGCUCCGUGGCCAGAUGUCCCCACCCUGGGGCCCAAUACUGCCAACGCGAGUGGGCUGCCAGGGGUGCCGUGGGCGGUGGCACUGGCGGGGGCGCUAUUGGCGCUGGCGGUGCUGGCCACCGUGGGAGGCAACCUACUGGUAAUAGUGGCCAUCGCCCGGACGCCAAGACUCCAGACCAUGACCAACGUGUUUGUGACUUCGCUGGCCGCAGCCGAUCUGGUGGUGGGACUACUGGUAGUGCCGCCGGGGGCCACGUUGGCGCUGACCGGCCACUGGCCCUUGGGCGCCACUGGUUGCGAACUGUGGACCUCGGUAGACGUGCUGUGUGUGACCGCCAGCAUUGAAACCCUGUGCGCCCUGGCUGUGGACCGCUACCUGGCGGUGACCAACCCGCUGCGCUACGGGGCGCUGGUCACCAAACGCCGCGCCCGGGCGGCCGUGGUCCUGGUGUGGAUCGUGUCCGCCGCGGUGUCGUUUGCGCCCAUCAUGAGCAAAUGGUGGCGCAUGGGGGCCGACGCCGAGGCGCAGCGUUGCCACUCCAACCCGCGCUGCUGCGCCUUCGCCUCCAACAUGCCCUACGCGCUGCUCUCCUCUUCGGUAUCCUUCUACUUUCCGCUCCUGGUGAUGCUCUUCGUCUACGCGCGAGUUUUCGUCGUGGCUAGGCGCCAACUGAGCUUGCUGCGCCGGGAGCGGGGCCGCUUCCCGCCAGAGGAGUCUCCGCCGGCUCCGUCUUGCUCCGGGGAGCACCGCGCCUUGCGCACCUUGGGUCUCAUCAUGGGAACCUUCACUCUCUGCUGGUUGCCCUUUUUUGUGGCCAACGUGGUGCGCGCCCUCGGGGGCCCCUCUCUGGUGCCCGGCCCGGCUUUCCUCGCCCUUAACUCUCUAGGCUAUGCCAACUCUGCCUUUAACCCUCUCAUCUACUGCCGCAGCCCUGACUUUCGCAGCGCCUUCCGCCGCCUGCUGUGCCGCUGCCGGAGGGGGGAGCACCACGCCGCCGCCUCCCCACCCGGUGCCCUCUCUGGCGUCCCCGUGGCCCUGACUACCCCGGCGGAGUCCAGGCAGCGCCCAUCGCUCGACCGGGCUUCCUGGGGACUUUCUUAGGCCUUGAAGAAAUAACUCCGUUGAUCCAGAACCUUUGGAAAGCCUCUGGCCUCUGUUCAGAAUGAGCCCUGUGGAGUUUCCCAGCUGGAAAAUCCUGCCCUCCUGAACCUGAUGACUGGGCCAUGGGAGGGGGAGGGGGGCCUGGCUGGGAAGGGGGAUUUCUUACCAAGUGGGUUUUCACCAUCCUCUCUCUUUCUUGCUGAGAGAACGUUUCUAAAGCCCAGCCCUGAACUUCACCACUACCUCAGUAGCUGGAGUGUCCGGCUGCCUGUGCCCUGCUGCCCCUGCGGCAGGCGGGGUAGCUUUGGCCAGGCACACAUCACCUUGCUGACUUGUGUACUGUGUGCUUAGGGCUAAGAGAGCCGCCCCCCCCCCCCAGUUCCAUUCCUCCUGCCACCCGGACCUCCGGAGCCAUUCAGUGUCCUGGAGGCCUGGAGACCCAGGCUAAGAAGAGGAUGCUAGGAAAAGUCAAGUUUGGGGUUUUGUCCCUGGUUCUCUCAUGCUGGCUCUCUAAGCACCAGCCUCGGUCACUUUAAGACACAGGAUGGCUCUGAUCUACCUCACAGUGGUGUCAGAAGGACUUCUCUAGGGUUGGGGUAGGGGAGGUUUCCUGGGUUCAUAAGGAGGUGAACCAUUAGGACGGAUCUCUUCUUUUCCUUUUAAAAUCAAAUUAAUAAAUAUUACUGAAUGCAGUUUACCCGUUACCCUCUUUUUUCUCUACUUGU